UUGGUUCCCUCUCUCUCUUUAUAACAUGGUUAGUAACUAUCAAUUCCAUAAAGAUGUAUACCUUGAAAUUACAAAGAGGGGAGAAGAAGAAGUUGCAUGCCACAACCCACUCAUGUCCUCCUCCUUUCAAAUCAUGUACGAUUUUUCUUGGAAAAGCAUGUGUUGUUUGACCAAUUUUAGACAAGGCGAACAAGUCGUAGAAGAAAUUCAACUGCAAGAAAUGUUAGCUUACAUACUGGUGGAACCUGAACAGUUCUCGUCAUAUAGAAAGACACGUAAAAUCAUCAUUGAUGCUAUCAAAACUUGGCCACUAUGUAAAUGUCAUCGAGAAAAUAUGAUUAAAGAAGUGUUCUCGAAAACAAGAGCAAUGGCAAAAUCUAUGUCUCCUGGUCAUUAUGUUUUAUUUAUCGAUGUUGAUGUAUAUACGAUAUAUAAUUUUACUGUUGGUGAAUCACAGAUGUUUAAUGAGAUAUUGCAGCAUAAUAUGAUUCCGGCUAGUAACUCAUCAAUCAAAGAACUCAAGAGGAAGAAAUUAGAUGACGAGAAUGGUAAUUCUGAGUAUUGUACAAUAUGCUUGGACGAGUUCUCCAAAAGAUAUAAAGUUACAUAUAUGCCAUGCUCUCAUAUCUUUCAUGGUAAUUGCAUUACAAAAUGGUUGAAAACAAGUCAUUAUUGUCCAGUUUGCCGUUUUGAGAUGCCAACUAGUUAGAAAUAUGUUGCAUGAAUUAAUGGAAAGACCAACCUUUUGUAAUUUGAGGAUCUCUUUAUUAUU